UAAAAAACGUACAACAAAUCAGAAAGAAGCCAAACUGCAUGAGCUGGAGCCGUUGGUUAGCGAUACGGAUGAUAGAAAAACACACGAGAAACAAGUGAAUUUUGUUGAGCGCAAAAUUAUCACACGUCCGUUUUCGCAAGCAAUCGAUCACGAGCGUAUCAAUCGCAAUAUUACGAAAAGGGAGGACUUUGGGUUUGCUGAUGGAACAGCAGCUGCCAAGGAUCAUUAUAAUCAAGGUCAGCUGGUGGUCACGAAUGGCAGCGCACCGCCGCAUUCGAAACCGAAUUUGGAUUUGUGGUUCAAGGAGAUGGUCGAGCUGCGCAAGAAGGCCGGUGAAUAUAAGAGUCGCGGCUGGGGCGUGGAAAUCGAUCCGGAAUUGUAUAAGAAACAAAGGGAUCUUUGGGAUCAGGUUUCCAAGCGCAGCUCGCUAUCAGCACUGUCCCUAGCAUCCACUUUACACAGACCUAUUACCAAGGAGGAGAAAGAGCAGGAGAAUAAUAAAAAAUCAACGCCCUUGCAAAAAACGCCACAGCCACAAAAGCCACGAGUUCCUGGCCAAGCUUUUUUGAUUGAUAAUAAGGAUGAGAUUUCAGCACUGCCAGCACGUUUUAGCAAUAUACGUCAUCACUUGGAGCGCACCACGGGUCCGGCAGACGUUGAGGAGGGCGCUUUACUGCCUUCACCCACGCGGGAGAAACUGAUGCCAGCUAUGACCAAACGUGAGUCCGAGUCUCAACGUGGUAGUCCCAAGAAGACGGCCCUCUCUCGUCAUGGCUCGCCUCAAAAGGGUAGCCCCCAAAAGGGCAGCCCCAAGAAGGUCCUUAAAACACGCUCACAAUCUGUGGGUCCUGGCGUCGCCGAGAAUGAGUCACCCAAGCGUCAGAUACGCUCGGGGAGUCAAGCCCCGUCGAGCCGUAAAAAGGUACCGACUACAUCGGCCGGAACUGAACGUAAGCCACGCCCAUACGAAGCCGAAGAUGGCCGUGAGACUGCAAUUUCAAUUUCCAGCUGCAGUCCCCAGCCAGUGCCCGAGGUGCCUGAUGAGCCAUUGGUUAAAUCGCCGCCAGAGCCCACAAGGGUUAAAUCUCCGGAGCAGAUUAUAAUGCGCUCUCCCGAUCCAGUCAACUGGACGGUGCCCUUGGACACUGGCAAGACAUUUACCGUAACACAAAAUGUCAAAGAGGGCGAGAACUACAGCCGACCUCAGAGCGAGAUAAAAGCGUCAACGCCGGUGGAAAAGCCACCACCGCCACCACAAUCGGCACCGCCACAACUAACCGAACAGGCUAAAAUGGACGCUUGGAAGUCCAGCGGCAGUCCAACAACCAGUGCAGCCGCCGCCGCCGCUGCCGCUGUCUAUGGCAAAACGCUGACGCCCACCCAACCGGGUGGCGCGGUCCGUUGCGAUGCCAGCUUCAAGCCGGAACCGGCUAUUUCAUCAUCUUCAUCGACAGCGACUGCGUCAACGGCACGUUCCACCGCCGCCGAUGUGCUGGAGAAGGCGCGUGACCGUUUCGAUCGUUUCUGGGGCGGCAGCAGCAGCAGCGCCACCAAGGAGGAGAGCGUCUAAAAGAAAAUGUAGUCAAAAGUGUAUGAAGUGCAAAAUGUAUUUGACAUGAGCAAAAUUCAAUUGAUCAAACCGCGUUCAAAUUUUGACCUAAAUAUCGCCCCAAGCAUACAUAAGUCACAUUACUAUUACCGCAAAUUCAGCGCUGAGAAAUGAUCGAUAUUGCCACAGCUUUUAAAGUCGAUAGCAUCGAUCGAUUUAUAUACAUGAUAUUCUUCUUUCGAAUCUUCUAAAAACUAAUUCGAUAUCGAUAUAGUUUUACUUAUAAUUUAUACGUUCCUUAACAUUUUAUUUUUAUUAAAACUCUGACUAAUGACGAGUUAAAAUAAAGUAAAAUAAAGUUUAUCGAUCAAUACACGCACGCGCACUUACUAUGCUAUCAAGAUUUCCAUCGAUAGUUUUGCAGCACUGUGCUCUAUCCUAUUUCGGCUAAGCUUAUAUGGAAGACAACUCGAAAGCUAGCAUCUAAAAUAUUUUGAGUAAAUCUUAGUAAAUUAUACAAAGUUAAAUUCCAACACCCACGUUAAAGUAUCCAAUAGGAGUAUACUAGGAUUUCAACUGAAUUUAACUUAGAUGAUAUAUUAUUCAGGAAAAUCAGCCGUAUAUGAUUUUCAGCGUUGCACAUAAAUUGUUCUUUAAAACUAAAACACUUACUUUCACUGCCUAUACUCCCCCAAAGAAAGAACAAGAAUUUUGCAAACACAAGCUGUUCAACAAUGCAAAAAAGAAGAAAAGAAGGUAUACAAUAAAAUUCUUCAAAGUAUUUAAACAUAAAAAGAAAUCUUAUAAUAAUAAUAUAACGCAAGGACAACAUCACCGCAGAGACCCGUCCAAAUAAAAAAGUGAACAAGAUUAAGAAAAAAGUGUUUAAGGUAAAAACCCAAAAUUUUUGUAACUUUCAUUAAGCGAAAAAAAAAAAAUACAGGAAAAUCGAAUGGCAAAUUUCUUAUGCUGAGUAUAAUGGGUAAUGCAUAGGGUGAACUAAGCUGAUCCGGAAAAUAGAACACAAACUUGAAAAUAGAUUUUGCACAUGAACUACAAUUAAAACAAAAUUAAAAGAUAUUUAUGAUAUUUU